GCCGUGCCGCCGCUGUCGCACCGCUCUGCGCCCUUGUCGUGCGAACUCGGCCCAAGAUGGCGGCGGCGACCGGGAGCGGGGCCGAGGCGGCGGCGGCGGCCAGGCUGGACGGGGCGCAGGGAAAGGAGGAGACGGCGGCGGCCGCGGCGGCGGCGGAGGAUGAGGAGGACGGGGAGGACGACGGCGGCAGGGCGGGCAAAGCGACGGGCGCUGCGGCAGCCGCCGGCGGGAAGGCUGGCGGCGGCGAGAGCGAGGAGGACGAGGAGGAGGACGGGGAGGACGUGUUCGAGGUGGAGAAGAUCCUUGACGUGAAGAUCGAGGGGGGUAAAACUCUCUAUAAAGUCCGGUGGAAAGGAUACACCUCUGAUGAUGAUACCUGGGAACCAGAGGCUCACUUGGAAGAUUGCAAAGAAGUGCUUCUUGAAUUCAGAAAAAAGAUUAUGGAUAAUAAGCCUAAACCUGUUAAAAAAGACAUCAUACAGAAACCACCUCUAAAUGAUGAUAUAUUUGAAGCAGAGUCUGACAGUGACUUGCAAAGUGAAACAAAAGAUGAUGUUUCACCAAAGAAGAAAAAGAAGAAGUCAAAAGAGGGAGAGGAUAAAAGUUCAGAUGACCUGAAGAAGAAGAAAUCUAAGUCUGCAAAACUCAAGGAAAAACCCAGAACAGAAUGUGAAAAUUCCUCAGAUACUUUGGUUUUAGAUUCAAAGCCAAAAAAAAGGACUUCAGAAACUAAGGAGGAUUCAAAGGACCCAAAGAAGCAAAGGAAAGAAGAUACUAAAGACAUCAAGAAAAGGAAGGGAGAAGAUUUAAAAGUAAAACCUAAAGAAGAUUCUAAAGAAAAUAAAAAAUCACAGAAGGAGAAGCAUGGAGAUGUUCAGUUGGACUCAAGCACUGUGGAUGAUUCAAUUUCUCAAGGAACUGAUAAUGAAAAUUCAAACAUGAAUUCUGAAAAUAAAGAUGAGGAACAAAAGAUAAUAAGUGAAGAAGAGAGAUUGGAACAAGAAAUUGAUGAAAAAGAUGCCAUUACUGAUAAAUGUCUGGAUGGAUCAACAAGUAAUGAAGAUGAUGGUAUUGAUACUAGGGCUAAAAGAAAGAAGAAAAAAAUUCAGAAAGCAGAAGACUGUAGAGAAGAAAUUGGAAGAGUAGAAAUUGAGGAUACUCAUCUAGAGAAGAAGAGCAUGCACAAAAAGCAAACAGGUCAAGAAAAAGUACCAGGAGAGCUGGAGAAAGUGUCACCUGCUCCUUCACCAGUGCAGAAGGGUUUGAAAUUGAGCACUGAUGAAAGGGUGUGCAAGCCCAUGGAUUCCCCUGGGGAGGAAAAAGAAAUAAAGAAAACUGAAAUUAAAGAAAAAUCUCAAAAAAAGGAGCCUGAAAAAGAAGAAAAAACCAGAAAAGAACAGAAAGUCAUAAAAAAUGGCAAGCAGCAAGUCCUGAGUUUGGGUAUGGACAUGCAGUUAGAAUGGCUGACACUAGAAGAAUUCCAGAAGCAUCUUGAUGGAGAAGAUGAGAAUCAUGUAUCAACAGAACCAAUAUCCAGUGCUCUCCUGAGAGAUGCUGUUAAAAGUGGAGACUACAUGACAGUGAAAAUGGCGCUUUCUUCAAAUGAGGAAUAUAAUUUGGAUCAAGAGGACCCAAGUGGAAUGACCCUGGUAAUGCUUGCUGCUGCUGGAGGGCACGACGACCUUCUGCGGGUGCUGAUCAGGAAAGGAGCUAAAGUUAAUGGUAGACAGAAAAAUGGAACAACUGCAUUGAUACAUGCAGCUGAAAAGAAUUUUCUGACAACAGUAGCUAUUCUCCUGGAAGCUGGAGCAUAUGUGAACAUGCAGCAGAGCAGUGGUGAGACAGCCUUAAUGAAGGCCUGUAAAAGAGGGAACUCUGACAUAGUGCGGCUCAUGAUUGAAAGUGGAGCCGACUGCAACAUUUUGUCCAAGCAUCAGAACAGCGCCAUGCAUUUUGCUAAACAGUGCAAUAACGUUCUGGUGUAUGAGCAGCUCAAGAGCCACUUGGACACGCUCUCAAGAGUAGCAGAAGAUACCAUCAGGAAUUACUUUGAAACUCGCCUUGUUUUGCUGGAGCCGGUGUUCCCAAUCGCGUGUCAUUGUCUCUGCGAAGGGCCAGACUUUUCACUGGAUUUUAACUAUAAACCUCCACAAAAUGUGCCAGAAGGAUCUGGAAUUCUUCUCUUCAUUUUCCAUUCAAAUUUCAUCGGUAAAGAUGUUGUUGCUCGGCUCUGUGGACCAUGCAGUGUACAAGCUGUGGUUUUAAAUGACAAAUUCCAGCUCCCUGUAUUUUUGGACAGUCACUUUAUUUAUUCCUUCAGCCCUACUGCAGGUCUUAACAAGCUUUUCAUACGGUUGGCAGAAGCUCCUACUGCCAAGGUAAAGCUCCUCAUAGGAGCUUACAGAGUGCAGCAGCAGUGACCUCCGAGCAUGCCGAGUGGCCUGACACUUUUUUGGAUAUACUUCUGAUUCCUCUCUCCAGAGACUGACAAAGCAGUUUGGAACUUUUUGGCACCACACUCUGAAGACUCAGUUGCCAGCUCGCCGCUCGUUGGCAGUCACAGGAGUGUGUGUUGGAGAGCAGUUGAAUACGCUGCACUGGUGGGACAGGGUUGUCAGCUUUUUUUACUUUGUACAGAUGUAGAUCUGGAAAAACCCCUGCUGCCUGGCCCCAUGGCUCCUGUGCUCCACAGCCUUCUGACUGCCCGUGGCUUCCACAGGGUUUGUUCCCACAUCAUCUUGUCUUCAAGAGCCCAGAACUGGGUACAGUGUUCCAGCUGCAGUC